AUGGAAGAGUUAAUGAACAGAAUUUCUGGUAAAUCAAUAGAAUAUCCUGGGUGUAUGCAGGACAUUAAGGAAUUAAUAGGGGGGACCAGUAAGGAUAACUAUUAUUACUGUAUAGUGUACAUAUUACUAUUAAAAGAGCAGAUAAUCAACAUACCAGAGACGGAGAGGGACAGGACAGAGUUUGAAGAUGUAUUCAGAAGGUUAAAAGUACAUGCUAAAACCAUAGCAGGGGAAGAGUGGGGCAGUAUGAUAGAUAAUUCUACGUAUACGAUAUAUAAAGAAGAAAAAUCCGAGGAGAACCGGGUUGAGAUACUAAUUAAUUUAGUGAUAGAGACACUUAUAAGAACAAGUACGGCUGAUAUGGAGAGACAAGUUGAUGCGUACUUACAGGAAGAGAUAAAUGAUCCCAGGACAGAAACAAAAACACAAAAGAAUGUAUCACAAGAUGUAAUUGAAGAGAUCUUAUGCAACCUAACAAAAUUAAGUGAUAGGGAUGUAAAGGGACAAGUGGGGAUAGUUACACCACUAUUAUCAGAGGAACACAUUCCGAUUAUACUGAAGUAUUUAAAGAGCCUAUCAAAAGUAAUCCUAUUAUCACUGUACUUGAACAACAAGCCUGUAUACGACGCAUUACAAAAGGAAUUUAUAAGGAAGGAGUCAUCGAAUGAUUUAAUAGCACUGGUUGAUUUCCCAGAGAUAGAUAUAGAUGGAUUAUUAAGUAGACUGUACAAGAGCAGUUCAGUAUUUAAAACCCUGGAUAUAAUCAUUAAGACACGACUGAUUCAUAGGGACAAGAUAGUAAGUACGGUUAUAGAGUACAUUAAGACAGGGUCAAGAACAAAAAGCAUUCAUUUUAUACGGGAGAAUUUAGAAUGUUUCUUAGGCAUAAUACCCGAGAUUGGGCUGGGGUGUGAAGAAGUGCUUUUAUUAGCAGAGAGAAACAAGGUCCUGCUGAAUCAUGCAUUUAAGAUGAUGGCAGAGAUUAAGUCAGAGAUGAAGGAUAAGAAAAGGAAACCAGUAAAUUCACAAAAAAAAGAGAAGCGGUUAAGUAACCUCAUAUCAGCACUCGCAUCAGAAUUAAGUAACGGGACAGAUACAGAAAUAGUUAAUUUCAUAGUCCCAUCACAUGAAAUAGAUGCGGAUAUGCUCAGUAAAGUGUGUAUAGGCUUAUUUAAAGCAAAACAACCUUCUGAUACAGUAAAAGAAGUCCUCUCUGAAUUAGUCACAGAAGAUACCACAACUUCAUUCGUAUUUACAGUUAUGCCGUACUUAAAGGACGUACAGAAGUAUAAAUUAAUGGGGAAGUAUUUAGUAGAUGACGUAUCACUAAGCUUAUUCACAAGGAUAAUCAAGAAGCCAGAGGAUAUAUUCAUAUACGCACACACAUUAGACACAGACACAGGAAACAGGAUUAUUCAACUGUGCUUUACAAAACCAGAAAUAUUCACCGAUAGGAUACUUUCAGUGGCAAUUGAAGAGAUGUCUAAAAUGGAAGUAUUACCCAUUCUGUUUAUGGAAACCGUUAGAAAUUCACUUAAAUUAUUCUCCAAUAUGAAGCCAUUCUUGGUGAAUUUAAUAAAAAGAGAGUGGAGCAGAUUAUUCAGAAAUAAUCAAAAUGAGUUAAUUAUUCUAUUGGAGAGUAUUGGCAUGCCAGCAACAGAAAUAUUAUUAUCAAUAGAUGAAGACCACUUUAUGAUAAUCCUUAAUGAAUCACACACACUAAAAAAAAGAAUGACUGAGUACCUGAUAAAACAACCGAUGUAUAUACAGAAUAAGUAUAAGACACUCUUAAAUAGAAAAUAAUCAAGAGAGUACAAGAAGGCAAGAAGACAAGUGUAUACAGCCUAUUAGUAUAUACACGUAUACAUAUACAGCCUAUUAGUACUUAUCAGUGUAUACCAGUACGUAUAGAUAUAUCAUUAGUCUAUUAGUAUACAGCCUAUUAGUACUUAUCAGUGUAUACAGUAUACCAGUACGUACAGUCUAUUAGUCUAUUAGUAUAUAAGUACGCACAGCAUACCAGUAUGUACAGCCUAUUAGUAUAUCAGUACAUAUAACCCAUUAGUCUAUUAGUAUACAGCCUAUUAGUCUAUUAGUCUAUUAGUAUACAUAUACAUAUCAUUAGU